CGGUUGUUCAAGCUCGAAGCAUUUGUGUCGUUAGUGAGGUGAUAUUUGAAGAGUUAUUAUGGUGUCGACGACACAUCGAUUGCGGCUGCGGCGAUGGUUGGGAUCACAACCGUUACUGCCGGUGAUGGUGCUCCAGCUGCUGCUGCUGAUGCUGACUGCUGAUGUUCACUGCCAACAACAAGCUGCAUUACAGAAAUCUCCACUACUAAACGAUGGCUCGUUUAAAUAUGGCUCUAAAACAAGCUUCAGCUGUAGCGGUAGGGCUGCUGGAUACUACGCGGAUGUGGAAACUGGCUGCCAGAUAUACCACAUGUGCGACGGACUGGGUCGUCAAUUCAGCUAUUCCUGCCCCAAUACGACACUGUUUCAGCAGCGAAUGCUGAUCUGUGAUCACUGGUAUAUGGUCAAUUGUUCAAAAGCGGAAAGCAAUUACGCAGCUAAUCUGUUGAUCGGUCAACGGGAUAAACCCUUCGUUGGAGAAGAUGAAAACGAAAUACGAACACCUCGACCGGAUCUCCUGGAUCGACCGUAUUCUUCCAGCUUCGCUGGUCAGCCGAUCAUGUACAACUUUAUCAAGACAAAUACCCAAGCCCCACAGAAUGCCAUAGGAUUGGACAAAAAGGUUAAAGUCACCAAAUCUCCUGCCAGUAAAGGAAAACCUGCGGAAAUCUUCGAAGAGAGUGCCAGCAAUCAUGGACUUCCGAUUCACUGGGGAACGCGAUAUGCAAAUGAGGAUACUGAAAAGGAGAAAGUCGAUCAAAAGCAAUCUCUGGAUAUUCCGGGAUCAACUGUUCUACCUGUAAAUGCCGAGGAAGAGCAACUUCAAAAUAAAAAAGUCAACGAACGACGAGAUGUCAAAGAGGAUGAAACAAAAGAUGAGAGCAGGAAUACGGUUCGUUUUGCCAGCAGCGAGAAUCGUACCAGCAAGGUAGUGGAUCCAAAAUCAAGUGGAAUCAACUCGAACGGAACUCCCGUGAAGGUUCCCUCUAUACGGUACGAGCCUCCGUUCACACCUGAUGAACAAGCAAGAAAGGAAACCACCGGCAAGGAAACACUUGGUCCCGAUUUUAAGCCUUUUGAAACCCUACUGAAUUUCAACAAAAAGGGAAACCGCAAGGACUAUGAUUUCUCGAAUCUUUUUACUAGGAAUGAAAGUAUUCGAAACACGAUUCCGACAACUACUUCGACUGUGGCAACCAGUUCAACUCAAAGAGCUAUCAGUACCACUAGACAACCAAUUAUCAGUACAACUAGACUACCAAUUACUACUAGGUUUACCACUACACCCCGGAAAACCAGUUUCAAUACUGUUAUUAGCACUACUGCAAGUCCAGUUGCAGUCCCCAAUUUAGGUUUGCAACUUCCUAAUGCCAAUCCAGUCCAAUUUCAAACGAGACCAGCAUCCCCGUUUCAACCACUGAUACGAUCUACGACCACUACCCAAGCUCCAUCUACCGGCAUACCGACUUCAACCGGCAAGCCUCGUAUUCUUUCCGAUCCACGAGAAUCGAACCUUCCGCCCCGGAUAAUCCAGUUCAACGCACCAGCUGCUACAGCGGGACUGUUCGAGAAUCGAUUUGCCCUUCAGCGACCUCCGGUAAUUCCGGCAACGGUUCCAGUUCCAUCUACGGAAAUUCUUCCACCAUUCACAAAUCUAGCCAAUUACGACAUCAUCAAAACUCAGUACGUUAGCCAGCCUGUUUUCACCCGUCAACCCAUCACAAAUGAUCCCUCCGGAGGACCAGUCAAUACCGGCAUCGACAAACUAGCAGAGCAGCCCGCAAUCCAAGUUCGUAACGACAACAUUCCUCGACCCUUCAGUGUUCCAACUCCGUCCAACGAAAUCCUGCCUCCGAAGAAGGAUUACGUGUUCUACGACGACGCCACCACGCAAGGUCCACCAAUUUACUACCAAUGGAAGUGGUCGAUUCCCUCGUAUGGACUGGAUCCUCCUCUGGAUGCUCCCCUCAGCGAAGACGACCGGCUUGCAUCCCAGUUAAACCCAGCCUCCGCGGAGCACGGGUCGUCCGACUCAACACGCGAACACAAUCAAACCGCGCGUUCCAUUUCGUCCGAAACGGGAAACUUUGGCGAAAAUCAAUCCACCACGAAAACGGCCGUUGAAUCAACCAAGCUGACAGCCCCAGUCCCGACUCAUAAUUACCUGGAACUGCGCAAAAAUUUUGCUAUCCCUGAUUUCACCUUUCCGCUGGAAAGCGAAACCAGUUCCAGAACCAUGUACGAACAGGACGGAGCUGUCAAUUCAUUUCAGGUUAAAAUCCCUUCGUACGCUCGAAGCGCAGACGGCAGUACGACGACGUGGUACGGCGAGAACGUCAAGUGCCCCCACUGUCAUCCGGCCUUUCUGAGGCCUGGUACGUGCGAACCCUGUGUGAAGAUUCGAUAGAUACAUAAGUGCACCGUACUAAAACGCUUUGUACCUCCUCCCCCCACCAUGUCCCUAAGUUUUCCCUAAGUAGAUUUAUUACCGGUAAGCGUUAGCCAAGUUGAGUUGGGCUUCAGAGCCACAAUUCCAUUCAAUUAUUCAGACCUUGUCUAGCUAGCUGUAAGCUCACUUAGUCCUUUCAGAGUAAACUCUGGCAUUCGAACGGUUAGAAAUAGGAUGCAUGCACGACGAGAAGAUCAUUCUGCAGAUCAUGGUCUCAACCGUGGCCCAGUUAGUUAGCCAUUUCUUCUUGUUUCGAAACUAACAGCUGAAUCCGUCGUUCAAUGAUAACCUGAAAACUAAGUUAAUUGAGAUCAUGACAAUCUCCGGAAUGAUCUAGCCUAAGUUCAAUGUUUAAAUUAAGCCCAAAAUAAUACUACCGUAAAAUUGUACAUACACUUCGCCCCCU